CUCCGGAGGAGCAGAGGCCGCCGCUGCCGCUGCCGCUGCUGCUGCUGGAGAGGAGCGGCGUCUGACCUCGGCCGCCCGGGGAAUGGCCGGGCUGGACACCUAGCGUCCGCGGCGAGGGAAGGGCCCCGCCGGCUGCCCGCCUUCAGCGUUGGAUCUCGCUGCGAGCCGCGGGCACACACCCGAAACCGGCCAACGGCCCCGAGCGCCCGUGCCUCCCCACACCAUGAACGAGGACGCCAUCUGCAGCGCCCUGCCCACCAUUCCCUACCACAAGCUGGCCGACUUGCGCUACCUGAGCCGCGGCGCCUCUGGCACGGUGUCGUCGGCCCGUCACGCGGACUGGCGCGUCCAGGUGGCCGUGAAGCACCUGCACAUCCACACCCCGCUGCUCGACAGUGAAAGAAAUGAUGUCUUAAGAGAAGCUGAAAUUUUACACAAAGCUAGAUUUAGUUAUAUUCUUCCAAUUUUGGGAAUUUGCAAUGAGCCUGAAUUUUUGGGAAUAGUUACUGAAUACAUGCCAAAUGGAUCAUUGAAUGAACUGCUACAUAGGAAAACUGAGUAUCCUGAUGUUGCUUGGCCAUUAAGGUUUCGUAUCCUGCAUGAAAUUGCACUUGGUGUCAAUUACCUGCACAAUAUGAAUCCUCCUCUACUUCAUCAUGACUUGAAGACUCAAAAUAUCUUACUGGAUAAUGAAUUUCAUGUUAAGAUUGCAGAUUUUGGUUUAUCCAAAUGGCGCAUGAUGUCGCUCUCACAGUCACGAAAUAGUAAAUCCGCACCAGAAGGAGGCACAAUUAUCUAUAUGCCACCUGAAAACUACGAACCUGGACAGAAAUCAAGGGCCAGUGUCAAGCACGACAUAUAUAGCUAUGCUAUUAUCACAUGGGAAGUCUUAUCCAGAAAACAGCCUUUUGAAGAAGUCACCAAUCCUUUGCAGAUUAUGUAUAGUGUAUCUCAGGGACGUCGACCUGACACUAACGAAGAAAGUUUACCUUUUGAUAUACCUCAUCGAACACUUAUGAUAUCUCUAAUAGAAAGUGGAUGGGCACAAAAUCCAGAUGAAAGACCGUCUUUCUUAAAAUGCUUAAUAGAACUUGAACCAGUUCUGAGAACAUUUGAAGAGAUAACUUUUCUUGAAGCGGUUAUGCAGCUGAAAAAAACAAAGUUACAGAAUGCUUUAAGUACUGGUCACGUAUGUAAUGAGAAGAAAAUGGAAUUAUCUUUGAACAUAUCUGUAAAUCACGGUCCACAAGAGGAAUCAUGUGGAUCCUCUCAGCUCUAUGAGAGUGGCACUUCCCCUGGCACCUCAAGAUCCCUGUCAGCACCUCAGGACAGCGAUUUUUUAUCUAGAAAAACGCAGGACUAUUCUGUGAAGCUACAUCAGUGCCCAGUAAAUCACAGUUGGAAUAGCACUGUGCCUCUAUCUCAGAAGACACCCUGCUGUGAUCACAAAACCUCCCCAUGUUCUUUAAUAUUAAUAAAUCCACUCCUGGCUGAGCAAAAUUCAGAACGUGUACAGCCUGGCAUAGCUCAACUAUGGAUCCAGAGCAAAAGGGAAGAUAUUGUAAACCAAAUGACUGAAGCUUGCCUUAACCAGUCACUAGAUGCCCUUCUGUCCAGGGACUUGAUCAUGAAGGAGGACUAUGAACUUAUUAGUACCAAACCCACAAGGACCUCAAAAGUCAGACAGUUACUGGACACUACUGAUAUCCAAGGAGAAGAAUUUGCCAGAGUCAUAGUUCAAAAGUUGAAAGACAACAAACAGAUGGGUCUUCAGCCUUACCCAGAAAUACCUGCAAUUGCUAAAUCAUCAACUUUAAAUUUACCUCCCAAUAAAAGCUUAUAGAUGGGUCUUUUUCAAGAAGAAAAGUCAGUUUAUCAAAUGAUAUUUAUCUUUGUUGCCUUUUUUGUAAAAUCCAUUUGAGUAUUCAAGCUUUACAGAAGAUUCUUCUUUAGACAAGUGUUAGUCUCCUUCAUGACGAUGCAAUAUUUCAUAAUAUAAGUAAAGGCUUGCAGUUUUGCUACACAAUUUAAUUUGAAUGUCUUUCAGUAACUAAAACAUUACUAAGUGUAAUAAUUAUAUUCUAGUCCAUAACAGUGCUUUAAGAUAUUAAGUGUUUCUAAUGGAAAUCACUUUCAUAUUCACUUUCUUUGUGGAUUAUUUAUUACUGGUCUAAGAUGCAGUUUGUGCCUUUCCACAGAGGUCAUAUAAUUCAGUACAGAAUUCUUGCCUUAGAUUCCCAGGUUUAAAUUCUCUUAAAAAGCUCACUUAUUUUAAAUCACUUUAUUUAGAUUACACUUUACAAUUUUGUUCAUGAAUUAUUCUUUAACAGUGUUUCAGAAAACACAAAGUACGUAAAGAAAAAAAUGAGCCUUUCAAAACCAGUUAGAUGCCCCCAUUUUUAACCUCAGCCUUCCCCCAUCACAAGCUAACCAAAAUGACUAGCCUGAUGUGUAGCAAUAUAUCCUCUAAAACCCUUGCUUCUGCUUAUAUUUAAAGCAUAUGCUCAUUUUAGAGAAGAUCUUUUCUUAAUAUUAUUACUAGUAUUAUAAUGUAUCAUAAUACAACCUGCUUUUUUGCACUUAUUAUAUACAGCCCUCCAGAUCAGGUAGCGGUCUGAGUCAUUCUUUUUUGUUGUUGCAUAAUGUCUAUUCAGUGUUUUAUAUUUUCUUAGCUUGUUUACACCAAAGUAAACUCAAACAAUAAAGGUACCAUGUAAGUUCUUUUCUUA